AUGGAUAGGUCUUCUUCUCAUCACAGUACCAGCAACAACAACUCACACCAAAACAUCACGAGCUCUCUCCGAACACAACACAACAAUACCUUCUCGAUACAAGAUGAGCAAUUUAUGAAAGAGGCUUUAAACAUGGCUAAAAAAGCAUUAACUGAAUUUGAAGUUCCUGUGGGUUGUGUUAUUACCUUUGAAAAUAAUAUCAUUGGACGAGGUUACAACAAGACCAAUCAAACAAAAAAUGCAACAAGACAUGCAGAAUUUGAAGCAUUUGAUGACAUUUUCAAAAACUUUUCUCAUCUCUUGACCGAUGCUUCAUUCUUUUCAAAAUGUACACUCUAUGUCACUGUUGAGCCGUGUGUGAUGUGUGCAAGUGCAUUACUCAUGCUAAGAAUUGGAAAAGUAAUUUGUGGAUGUAUGAAUGAACGUUUUGGUGGUUGUGGAUCCGUUCUUAAUAUUCAUCGUCAUGGAAUUCCAAGUGACCAAUGUUUUUUCAAGCACUGUCCCAACGUUGGUGAUACAGUGACGAACCUCAAUGAGUGUCUUCAUUCUGCAGAUGCAGGAAAGGAUACCAAUCAUUCCAACCUCAUCAUCAACAACAACCGCUUGUACACUUAUGAGUGUCUAAAUGGCUUAUUUGAACAAGAAGCAAUUGAAAUAUUGCAACGAUUUUAUGAGCAAGAAAACCCGAGUGCUCCAAUCCCCAAACCGAAACAAAAAGGGUCGACCUUAGAAACGGGACUAGUUUUGGCCAAAAAACAAAAACAGGACACCGGUUCAGUAACUUUUUAA